AUGUAUGUGCUCAAAAUGUCCGUUGAGCAACGCCUUCCGGCGGCUGGACUCCUAGACAACUCGCAUCCGUCAUUGCUAAUAUCAGCCGCGGAUGGUGAAUCCGAGACAAGGUUGCGAGACGAUACACGACCGCAAUCUACAAAUAGACUUACGACACAAAUUGCAAACCCAAGCCCGAGAUCCGAUGACGAACCAAAGUCUGUGAUACAUGCUCCUGUUGGGUUCACUGAGUUUGAAGUAAAUCCAGUAGAAGACGAUGGGAACCUCGAGGCAGAGAAGGAAAGAGAUGCAAAUAAAUUCUCCAACAGUCCCAUAUCACCACCUCCGUUGACGACCAGCAUCGAACCAGCCAAGGACUGGUCUGAAAGAGCGACACCGCGUGCACAGACCCGACAAGAUUUUGACGAUUUUGACUCGGCUACUAUCGAUCUGGAAGGCGAGUCUCAAAUUUUCUGGUCCGACAUACCGGAAAGUCUUGGAAACUUAGUGGCAAGUGAGAUAACGGCAUUGCAGGCAGCCCUGGUUGAAUGUUGGUCACUCUGCAAUACGCUGGCCACACUGAGCUCAAUCCAUCGUCAGCGAGCUAGCAGCGUCCUGGGUGAUGAUGCCUGGAAAUCUUGCUGGCGGUUAUGCCAGCAGUUGUAUGCUGGUCAAGUCGAUGUCCACCCGACACUUGACCUCUGUCGUGACUUUUGUCAGACGUUGUUUGAAGCCCGGACUCGCGACAAUGAGAUAUCGGACUCUGUUCUUCGUGUCAGUUUCGAGCUCAAUAAUCAUCUGUAUAAUACACAUGACCGGAACCUCCCAGACGCAUUCAGAGAACGGACACUGGACUUUUAUAUCACCCUAUGCCACCGCCUGAUGAAACAAAGAUCUCGUGCGCCGGAAACAGACUCUCUCCUUAGUGCUUGCUGGUCAUUGGCUGAGAUGCUGUUUAGUAUACGUCAGAGCAAAAAAGAAGGACGGUCGUUAGAUGAAGAACUGCUCGGUUCUGCUGUCCAGGCUUGCUGGGAGCUUUGUGAUAUUUUCCGCGAAGGAUGGACGCAGAGGAGUCUACGAAACUCUGAUCGCGGCACCCCUCGACCGAGCCAGGCGACCUUUGCGGCGGCGGAGCAAACUCAACAUCACGAUAUGCCACUUUUCCAGCGAAAUCCCGAGACCCCGACUACGAUAUUCGAAGACGUUGGUACUACGUCACCCGCAGAGGGACCAGUCCAGAAUAUUUAUGUGCUCGGCCAGCGCCGGAACAUGGCCUCACAUGCUCACUGGCCAUCCAGUGCUUCGAGUAUCUCGGGCAGGACCCAGUCCUCGGAGAGAACGUCUUCGACGAAUACUGUUAUAACGCUCUCUAACGAUUCAAGUCUAAACGCUCUCAAAGUAUUGGCAGUCAAGGCGGCUUUGAAUAAUGGGUUUCAGCGCAAGGGAGCACAAGGCCUCUCGUCCUUUGUCAAGUCUCUCUCAUCUGACGCGUUCGGAACUGCCCCCUGGCAGAUAUCUCUGCUGAAACACUACAAGGCCCUGGUGGCUUAUGAGCCGGCUUUCCAGGCUAUUGGACCUCCAGCCAGGGCAAGCGCGAUGGAUAUAGCUAGGGCGACUAAGCUUAUGGCUAAUAGUGGACAACAUCUGUGGCUGUACGACCUCUACCGUCUGGUGUUUGGUUUUCACCUCGAGGAAGGAUUGAACCGAGAGUCCAUCAUACUGCAGACGUAG